AUGGCAGACAAGUCCACCGUGCGGCGCAAGAGCCCGGCCGAGUUCUUCGCGGAGAACAAAAACAUCGCGGGAUUCGACAACGCUGGAAAAUGCCUCUUCACCUCCGUGCGGGAGCUCGUGGAGAACUCGCUGGACUCGGCGGAGAGCAUCUCCGAGCUGCCUGACGUCGAGAUCGGGAUAGAGGAGGUUUCUCAGAAGGCGCUCAAUCGGGUGCGUGGGGUCGAGAACCACGAGCGGAUCGACGAGGCACUGUAUCAAGAUUUCGAGACGGAGAACGAGAGGAAGAAAAGACUCGCGAAGGAGGCACGCGACCAGGAGCGCCUGGCCAAGCUCGUGGCAAACAAAGGCAUGGAUGCGAUGGAAGUCGAAGCCAAGCGCAAAGAGAUCGAGGCGAAGAAGCUUGCCCAAGCCUCCAAGCAGCGCACCUAUUACAAACUCACAGUUAAGGACAAUGGUGCUGGUAUGCCACACCAAGACAUCCCCUCACUGCUGGGUGUGGUCCUUUCUGGCACUAAGUACCAGGUCAAGCAGACACGUGGAAAAUUCGGACUGGGUGCAAAAAUGGUUCUCAUCUGGUCUAAGAUGACAACUGGCCUCCCGUUCGAGAUCUGGAGUGCACAGAAGAACCAGAAAAAGAAGUCGCACUACCUUCUGGACAUUGACAUACACAGGUGGAAAGCUACCAUUGGCAUCUGA